GAGAUGGUGUUUUCCUUGAAGCAGUUGAAUGCUGACGUGCAGUCUUUUAAGGAAAACAUGGUGUCUCUGUCACGGGUCUUGUUCAUGUCUCAGCGACACCAUGACACUGUGCUUUGGUCCGCGGUCAGAAGGAAUGCUUCUUUGCCGGCCCCUGUUUUCGCAGCGGAUUUCGUCCACCUUCUGUGGGCGGAAGGAUGGAUAGCAGUGCAUCUCCGUGAUGGCUUGUGGUUCGGUGUUGUGGUCGCGUUCAAGACUACUAAACUCACUUGCGAGCAGGUUUGCCAGCAACACAGAGCAGAGCAGAGCAGAGCAGAGCAGAACAGAGCGGAUCCUGACAGAAGCAGUAGCAUGAUGGAGUCUGACGUCAGGAGAGCUGCCACUGCCGUCGAGUGCGUAGAUUGUCAUCAUCGAAACAAUGGGGUGGCAGCCAAGCCCAGUUUGUCACAGGCCUCUGGGACUUCGACUUCUAGCAGCGCAUGUGUGCCUCCUGCCUAUUGGGGUCUGUUUCUGGCCUUCGUACAGGCGUUGUUAGCGGGGCGGACAGGCAAAAUCGGGGGUGGGGUCGCUGGCAGCAGGGGGCCGACCACGCCGGUGCUCAUGAUGAGAUGCCGCCCUACGGCAGCUUUGGGGUGGUUAGUGUUGCUCUGGCUUUGCAGUGGCCAUCAGUCGCUUUGCAUUCCGGCAGCUUGUGCAUUUGCCUGUUCUACGGAAGACUCCUCUUGCCAGGCCUACGCAGUCUAUGUGGUUUCCGUCGGCGAUCGCCUUGAGGACAUCUGCAGCCGAUUUCAAGUGACCUUUGCGGAUAUCAGUGCUGUGAACCCUGUCUGCAAUUUUACGCUGCACCCGGGGCAGAACCUGCUUAUCCCACUGUCAUGUCUAUGUAACGACGAGGGUUUCUUUCAGGCUUCCAUUCAGCAUGUUGUCCGGGAUGACCAGACAUUGCAUGAAGUGGCAUCAACAUCGUUCCACAAUCUUACGACUGCUGAGGACAUAGCGGACGCAAGCAGAAUCAACACACUGCAGAGUGUGCAUGCUGGCCAGUCCCUGCGGAUUCCCAUUAGCUGCGGAUGCAAUGCAAGCUCACUCAGUUGGUUGAGAGCGCCAUCAUAUCUGACAUACGUCUUGCAGCAGGGCGACACGAUUGACAGCGUGGCCAAUACUUUUGGCAGCGAUAACCAGACGAUCCAGAAAUCGAACGGUGGAGCGGGGGGGGUGCUUCAACUCAGGCCUGGCAUUAAGCUGAUCAUCCCUUCGAACUGGACGCUCCCAAACGUCAGAUCGCAAGACCGACCGCCGAUGGUGCCCCGCAACAAAGCGGAAGGAAGCGAGAGUCCGCCCUUGGAGCCAGCAUCAAAGCCGGGCAGCGGAAACCCUUCAGAGACAGCCCACACCAGCCUCAUGGGCGGAAGUGGGGUGAACGCUGGAUCGGACCCGAACCCGAAAUCCAGCCACUCGGAUGGGAACCAGUUCCCCAUUGCAAUGGUAGUGGGUGUGCUUGCUGGCGCGGCAGUCGUUUUCCUUAUUGCUGCAGUUGCGGCUGUGAUAUGCCUAGCUCAGAGAGCCGGCAAGCCAGGCGGCGACAACUGGACAGAUGUAGAUAAGUGGGGGUGGGCCGAUUGGCGUGAAUGGAGCAGGGGAUCAGGGAGAUGGGGUCGGUUCUCCAGAGGUUCGGGAAACUCCCGUGGGUCCUUUGGUGGGAGAGGCUGGCGCGGGACAUCCAUUCCCGGGACAGCAGUUCGGCAGCAGGCCAGCAGCGGUGUCAUGAGGAGCUCAGGGAGCACUCUCGGAGGGGUUCCGGCCUCUCUGCGCACCUCUGGCACAGCUCCUGACCUUCUAGGACUGAGGGGUAUGGACGAUGUUAAUCGACUUGGAGGCAGCCAGUUGGACCGGCAACCGGGCAGGGGUUCCCUCAGUGCUUUUGGGGUGGAAGAUCCUGCCAGGCUGAUUGUGUUCCCGUACAAAGAACUCCUCAAGGCCACGGGACGCUUCAACGAAGUGAACAAAAUCGGUGAGGGUGCCUACGGCAGCGUGUACUAUGCACGCGUGCGGGGACGAGACGCAGCGGUGAAGAGGUUGAAAUCUGUGAAGGAGAAAGAAUUCCAAUCGGAGCUAGAGAUGAUGUGCAGAGUCCACCACCGCCACCUCCUCGAACUGCUGGGAUACUGCACUGAGCAUUGUCUCAUACUUGUGCACGAGUAUGCGGAGGGUGGGGCCCUGAAGAAACAUCUCCAUUCGCCUACAACGAAUGGCUUUUCGCCACUGCCAUGGCGGUCGCGGGUGCAGAUUGCUGUGGACGUGGCCUCGGCGUUGGAGUACCUCCACGAGCACACUCGACCAAGCUACGUGCACAGGGACAUAAAGUCCAGCAACAUCUUGCUCGACAAGGACAUGCGAGCCAAGGUUGCAGACUUUGGAUUGAUUCGGCUGAUGGGCUGCGAGGAGGGAAAAGGCUCUAUGGUGAGCACGGGCCUCGUUGGAACCGUUGGGUACAUGGCGCCAGAGUACCUGAAAUGGGGCCAUGUCUCAACGAAAGCGGACGUGUAUUCUUUUGGUGUUGUACUGCUGGAGUUGAUCAGUGGUCAGGAGGCAUUGAGCUCCACCAUUGACAGUCAUUCCUCAACGGUCCAGAUUAUCGGAGGGGGGGGCUGGAGGCAUCACAGACAAUCUGACCACAUAGGGGGGUCCGGGUCGAUGGUCGUCUCGGAGACAUCCGGGUCGUUCUUGGAAUCGAGCGGCGGCGGUUCCGAGUCGCAAUCGGUCUCAGAAUCUUUUGCCAACGUUCUCGUGAAGCGGAAGCUGGAGAAAGGCAAACCAGAAAGAGAAAGAGAGCCCCCAAGUGCCAGCGGAGCUGUCGUGGCUGCACAGCCAACAACACCCUUUGAAAAUGACCCCCGGAAUGUAGCACAGCACGAAUCUCCGAGCGGUGCUGCUAGCCGCUGGGGUAACAGCGAUGGAAGCCUUGGAAGCCCAAGUGACGGAACCGGUGCUGUUGCCAACGCUGUGCCAUCAUGUCGAAGCGAUUCUUCCCCCAACCCAACCGGGAAGAUUCUUUCAGUGAAUGGCAAGAUGCUCCGACUGCAUGGCCUCAUGGUAGAGAUCGUGCCGGAAGGGGAUACCUUUGCCUGCAAACCAGUUCGUGUACAGCAGCAGCAGCCAGUUACCAGUGUUACGGGUUGUGGUGAGCCGGACCCAGUUGAUGACGAUCCAUCGACGACUACACCAUUGAUGCCAGAGGGUUCGCCUUCAAGCGACAGCAAAUCAGGGUCCACCUCUAGGAGGACACGCAAAGGGGGCUUUCUAAUGGGUGAUAAGGGAGUGGGGAAGGGUUCCAGUAGCCAGGGCAGUGGCAAGGGGAGGGAGAAGGCAGGAAACGUGGAAGUCCAGGGGGAGAAUAGUGACGCUGCUGCGGGUGGGGAGGCAAGAGGCGAGAUCCAAGAGGAGAAGUCGUCGAAGCUUUCGAAGAGCAACAGCAGCAGAUCAAAGAGAACGGCCAGGGGUUCAACCUCUCAGUCUGCACACUCGAAGUCAAAGGGUGGACUGCGGAAGACUCGGGGUAGGCAUGGUAAGCAGGAGAAGGCAGUCGACUUCAGCUCCUCACUAGAUGUGGGUGCCAGUGUUGGCCGAAGCUGGCCCAGAGGCGUUGUGCAGCGUAAGUCCUUAGCGGAGUGGAUCGUUCCAGCCUUUAAGUGUCUUGGGUCUCCCAUAGACAUCGUCAAUCUCGUAGAUCCGGACCUUAGGGAUCAGUAUCCGAUAGAAGGGGUCAUAAAGAUGGCAGAAGUCGCCGUGCGAUGCGUCCAAGAGAAUCCAGAGGCACGCCCUGACAUGAAGCGGGUGGCGUAUGAGCUUGACGAGCUCAUGCUGUUGACGCAGCGCUGGGAGUCCGCCGGACGGACCACCCCUGGGGGUGCUGAUGAGGAGGUGCUCGGAGCGCAAUUGCUGAGGUGAGAUAAUUUCAGCUCGGCUGCUGAGAUGAAAUUCGCAUUCAUCCUGCAGUCGUGAAACUUGCAUUUUCGUCCAAUAUGCCGACAAUUUUGAGGAUGUAUUCUCGUAGAGUCUGUAGAUGUGAGGGGAUGGAAUUUCCCCUUGAAAACCAGGUCCGUGCAUACGUGACCAGUGCUUUGCCGAUUUGACGACAAUGUCCAUCCAUGAGCCACACACCUGCGAAAAAUGUAGUUUUUUGCUGAGGACGUCAAGAACUCCAAGCAGCAGUGUAGGUAGACAGAAAACAGACUGGAAACGAGUGGGUUCAGUCUCCUUAGAGGAUAGAUAGAAUAAAGGUCACCCCAAUUUUGCUCUUCUUAUGUACAUGAUCAAGCUCGAGGAGAGAAGACAAGGAACUGGGACGCCGAACAGAACAGAUCGAGGAGGGACGUCGAAGAGUCUGGAAAAAUUGCCGCCACAGGUUUUUUGUGCUUGUCAUUUGCGUCCUGCAUGUCGGGUCAGCGAACCUGGGAUGACGACGAGCGGCAUGCCGGCUGGCUUUGCGUUGGAUGUUCUUCGAAGCACACGACCAGAUGACAUGACGACUGUGUGGAGUAAUGAAUGGUCUCUGCAACUAGCUUUUGCCUUCCCGUGUGUCGUCCUUCCUUCUCAUCAAUCGGAUUCGAGAGAGCGUCUAGCGUUUACAAAUUGGUGCCUUCGACGUAAUGCAUUGCCAAUCUCUGUUUUUGGUUGGAGCACGCCGCACCGCAAGCAGAGUGUUGGCCAAACUGGGGUGACCUUUCCGUCCUGGAAAUCACAUGCCAGAAAGAAAAGCAGAAAGAGUGGACAGAAGUUAUAAAAGUGCAACAAAAAGGGAGGGGAAAGGAUCAUCAAUGAUGCAAGAAGCAGAGUUUUUUUUAGCAAAGCAACCAAUAUAGCAAUUGGUUCUCGAACGGAACUUUGCGGCACCUUUGCGC